CACUCCGCUGCCACGAGCAGGGAAAGGCGUAAAAGCCAGGAACAUGAAUAGCGAUAAUCAGAACGCAUUGCAACUGACACCGACACACAAAACCAGAAUUGUUUGAAAAAUAACAAUUUAGUGCUCCAUAGCAACCAUUUCUAUGUGUAAUUUUGAAUUUUCAGCGUAAGAAUGGAAGCUUGGAACAUAUGCCCGUUUAAGUUCAACCAUCUUCCGGAGACACAGACUCGGACAGAAUGGUUGCGUUGGAAACGAAACUUCGAAGUAAUUGUGGCCGCUAGCGAGGAGAAGAAUUCUACCAAAAUCAAGAACAUUCUUCUUGCCAAAGGAGGUCUAGAACUUCAAGACUUAUUCUAUUCAAUUGAUGGAGCUGAUGUGGUGGAAGAUAUUGAAAAAGGAGUUGACCCGUACAAGAUAGCCAUAGCCAAGUUGGAUGGACAUUUCGUUCCGAAGCAGCACGAUUCUUUUGAGCGGAACGAGUUUUGCCAACUAUCACCGCCCACUACUAAUGAAGGAAAGCGCGAACCACUGGGGAAAUUUUUGAUGCGUUGUGCGGACCAAGCGAAGAGGUGUAAUUUUGGAAAGACGGAGGCUGAAAGUCGUGAAUUGCGGAUCAUGGACAAGGUAAUUUAUCAUGCUCCGGCCGAAUUGAGAGAGAGGUUGUUGCAGAAAGAGAAAUUGAAUUUGGCACAGCUGACACGCAUUGUAAAUUCGUUUGAAUCGAUCAAGACUCAAUCAAAAGCGAUUGAAAACACAGGAUUAGGUGAUGCAUCAGCGUCCACAGUUUCGGAUCAGACUACGCGGAUCAAUAAGCUAAAUACUACGGCCAAUCGUUAUGGUAGCACGUGUUUCCGUUGCGGUCAGCAGAGUCAUUAUGGAAACGAUCGCGAAUGCCCAGCGCGUGGAAGGAAAUGUGAGAAGUGCCACAAAAUAGGACAUUAUGCUAAAGUAUGUCGAUCAGGAGCAACAUUCAAACGACGUUAUGAAGGAUCAAAUUUUGGCCAUCCAGAUAAACGAAGGAAAUUUGGGAAUUGUAGCCGAAGAAAACCUGGAGCAGGCUGA